AACUUAAAAAAAUAAAUUGAACUGUAUGUAUGUCCCUUAAGGUCCUUGUGUAAUGUGAAAUUGUACCCCCUAGCCCAAUUAUCCAUUGUAUAUUAUUCAUAUAUACUUGUGUUCCCUCAUGUACUUCCUGUAUUGAUUUAAAAUGUUUUUAAAAGACAGCCAAUAGCUACGUUCCUUACUGAAGAGUUGGCAACACUGCUUCUGUUGCAGUGGUGGAACAGGAAGUUCCGGGAAGGCGAGUGAACUGUGUGGUAAAGACGAUAUAUUUUGUCAGUUUCACAUGUAUUAAUACAGGCCGACUCAGAUUAAGUGUGAGGCCGGUAACAUCAACAGUGAGGACAAACCCAGCCUGCCUCUCUCCUUCCACACUGAGUCCAAACCUUCAGUCACUGGGUCCUGAUUGUGACAGUGGAGCCCAGUUUGCACUGCAGGAUCCAGAGAUGGCAUCAGUGAAGCUGGAAGACUGCAGUCAAACACUGGAGCUGAAUGUCAACAUUAAAGAUGAAGAAGAGGAGGAGAAGAUUGGGAAAUCUCUUUCUCAUGGCCGACUCAGGUCAAGUCUGAGGCCAGUAACAUCAACAGUGAGGACAAACCCAGCCUCCCUCUCUCCUUCCACACUGAGUCCAAACCUAAAGUCACUGGGUCCUGAUUGUGACAGUGGAGUCCAGUUUGCACUGCAGGACCCAGAGAUGGCAUCAGUGAAGCUGGAAGACUGCAGUCAAACACUGGAGCUGAAUGUCAACAUUAAAGAUGAAGAAGAGGAGGAAAAGAUUGGGAAAUCUGUUAAUCAUGGAGACCAUGUUGAGACAUUCUCUACAUCCAGAGAGCAACAGCAGGAAGAUCACAGAGCGAAGAGGUCUCACCACUGCCCACAUUGUGAGGAGAUUUUCCCAUUUCUAUCAAAGCUAAAAAUACACCUAAAAAUACACAAAGGAGAGAAUCCGUAUUCCUGCACUGACUGUGGGAAGAGCUUCACAACAUCAAGGGCUUUGACAGUUCAUCAGAGAGUGCACACAGGAGUGAAGCCUUACUUCUGCUCUGACUGUGGGAAGAGAUUCACAACAUCACAAGCUCUGACAAUUCAUCAGAGAGCGCACACUGGAGAGAAGCCUUACUCCUGCUCUGACUGUGGGAAGAGUUUCUCCCGAUUGGAUAAGUUAAAAAGUCACCAACUAAUACACAGAGAUAAGCCAUUCUCCUGCUCUGACUGUGGUAAAUGCUUCAAAACAUCAACCGAGGUAAAAGUUCAUCAGAGAACACACACAGGAGAGAAGCCUUACUUCUGCUCUGCCUGUGGAAAGAGUUUCUCCCGAUUGGAUACCUUAAAAGUACAUGAACGUGUACAUACAGGAGAGAAGCCAUACUCUUGCUCUGUCUGCGGAAAAUGCUUCACCACAACAUCUGAUCUAACAGUUCAUCAGAGAACACACACAGGAGAGAAGCCUUACUUCUGCUCUGACUGUGGUAAAUGCUUCAAAACAUCAACUGAGGUAAAAGUUCAUCAGAGAACACACACAGGAGAGAAGCCUUACUUCUGCUAUGCCUGUGGAAAGAGUUUCUCCCGAUUGGAUACCUUAAAAGUACAUGAACGUGUACAUACAGGAGAGAAGCCAUACUCUUGCUCAAACUGCGGAAAAUGCUUCACCACAACAUCUGAUGUAACAGUUCAUCAGAGAACACACACAGGAGAGAAGCCUUACUUCUGCUCUGACUGUGGUAAAUGCUUCAAAACAUCAACUGAGUUAAAAGUUCAUCAGAGAACACACACAGGAGUGAAGCCUUACUUCUGCUCUGACUGUGGGAAGAGAUUCACAACAUCACAAUGUCUGACAAUUCAUCAGAGAGCGCACACUGGAGAGAAGCCUUACUCCUGCUCUGACUGUGGGAAGAGUUUCUCCCGAUUGGAUAAGUUAAAAAGUCACCAACUAAUACACAGAGAGAAGCCAUUCUCCUGCUCUGACUGUGGUAAAUGCUUCAAAACAUCAACUGAGGUAAAAGUUCAUCAGAGAACACACACAGGAGUGAAACCUUACUUCUGCUCUGACUGUGGGAAGAGAUUCACAACAUCACAAGCUCUGACAAUUCAUCAGAGAGUGCACACUGGAGAGAAGCCUUACUCCUGCUCUGACUGUGGGAAGAGUUUCUCCCGAUUGGAUAAGUUAAAAAGUCACCAACUAAUACACAGAGAGAAGCCAUUCUCCUGCUCUGACUGCGGUAAGUGCUUCAAAACAUCAACUGAGCUAACAGUUCAUCAGAGAACACACACAGGAGAGAAGCCUUACUUCUGCUCUGACUAUGGAAAGAGUUUCUCCCAAUUGGAAAAGUUAAAAUGUCACCAGCGAAUACAUAUUGACAAAGUCUCACUUCUGCUCUGAUUGUGGAAAUAGUUUCACCCGAUUGGAUACCUUAAAAUGUCACCAGCGUAUACAUGCAGGAGAGAAGCCUUUCUCCUGCUCUGAUUGUGGAAAUAGUUUUUCUGAUCAGAGCAGCUUAACAACACACCAAUGUAUACAUACAGGAGAGAAGCCUCAUCAGUUCUCUCAAACAAGCUAAGAUUAAAGUCUCCAUCACUUCCUUCUCAUCUCAUAAAGGAAGUUGUAACAGUGAAUUUGAUAACAUUUAAGAAAGCGUAGCACACUAUUGGGAUCCUAUUGUUUCUCACUGUAAGAGAACUGUGCAGAGGAAAGAGCGUGUUAUAGAAUGUUAGCUUCUCGUUAAUUUACUGAUCAGUGAGCAUCUUGACAGUUUUUUGUUGUGUUUUGUUAGCUUUUACUCUAAAGAUAUUGAGAGUACCUUGGAUUUGCCCUUAGGGUUGAAUAUCCUACGAGGCUUCUUGCGUUGAAACAAUGUAGUCUGACUUGACUGUGUGCUACUCUGUGGGAAUGAGUUAGUAGACACAACAUGUAUCAGAUAGAGAUGGUGUGAUGAUCAGUUCUCUGUGGGAAUGAGUUAGUAGACACAACAUGUAUCAGAUAGAGAUGGUGUGAUGAUCCGUUUUCUGUGGGAAUGAGCUGGUAGACACAACAUGUAUCAGAUAGAGAUGGUGUGAUGAUCAGUUUUCUGUGGGAAUGAGCUGGUAGACACAACAUGUAUCAGAUAGAGAUGGUGUGAUGAUCAGUUUUCUGUGGGAAUGAGUUAGUUAGUAGACAACAUGUAUCAGAUAGAGAUGGUGUGAUGAUCAGUUCUCUGUGGGAAUGAGUUAGUUAGUAGACAACAUGUAUCAGAUAGAGAUGGUGUGAUGAUCAGUUUUCACCAUUUAGUUUGGUUGUUUUUUUGUUUUUUACUACUAAGCAACUUUUGUUUGGUGAUAUACAUACUUUGAAACGAUAAACAUGUUUAUUAAAUUGUCUUAAAUAGAUUUAUUAUUUUCGUCAUUUAUGAAUGUAUUUGGAUGUCUGCUUUGAACUUAAUUGAUGUGCGAAUUAAAAAUACAUAUUCUACUUGA